ACUACAAGUCAAUAUUACAAGUGCUGUAUAUAAUUUCGUAAGCCGUUAAUAAGCCGUUUGUAAACAUAUUGAAUUCUUUCUCUAUAUCAUGGAGUGAAAAUUUUCAUUCUGUGUCGUAGAAUAAAUUUUCGACAAAUGGAGUGACAACCGUCGCUCGAGUUAGAGUGACUUUUCACUCGUAUGGAGUGAAUUUUCUAUUCGUGAAAGGGAAAUACUGGGAAUUAACUUCGGUGAAGUAUUCAAAAAUAAUGUUUCUCACGAUAUUUCUAUUCUGUCUGAUCGGCGUCCCUUUCAUACAAUGCAAGCAGUUGCACGAAUAUAUGACGACGGACGAAGUAAUGUCCGUAUUUCACACGCCACAUGAUCUUGUACCCGAAUAUGAGAUAGUGCCAGUAAAACAUCGUCUAGCGAAAAACAGCGAUUCGGAAGAAGGGUCCGAGAUAACACUGGCAGCAUUCAGAGAAAAUCUCGAGAUGUAUUUACAUCCCACAGAAGGUAUGCUUGCCAGUAACAAUACACCUGUAUGGACUGUCACGUCUGAUCCAAAAUCACCCGAAGGAAUGCGAUACGAUCAAAUACGUGGGGCUACGAAAUUAUUAGGAGUAGCGUACCAAGACGUAGACGGAGCAAGUGCAGUUUUAGUAUCUCCCACUUCCAAUGGUCAAGUGCAUAUAAACGGAGUAAUUAAAAAUUCUUACGUUAUAAAAUCCUUGCCACAACGGUUCUUGAAAGAGGUCGCGUAUGGUGGACAUAAGCUUCUCGAGCCGCAUCACACUAAAAAUAUAACGAAAGAAGACGAUUUCGCUUACACGCAUCAUCACGUAGUGUACAAAAUACCACCGUUGAAGGGAGAUCAAUACAAAGAUUUCAGUAUAUCGGAUCCUGAUGAUGGAAUAAAACAUGAUGCACCAGAGAUUAUUUAUCCCGAGGUACUGGUAAUAGUUGAUCAUAAGUUGUACAAAACUCUCGGCGAAAACAUCCGUCGAGCCGUAAAAUAUAUCAUGGCAUUUUGGAACGGCGUCGACUUGAGAUAUCGUUUAUUAAAUACUCCCAGGAUAUUAUUCAAUAUCGCAGGUAUCGUUAUAGCUAAGGAUGACGAUGCACUUCCAUGUUUAGAGAAAAAUCGCAUCGAACUUUCAAUGGUAGAUUCAGAUCGUGCUUUGCGUUGUACAGCGGAUUAUUUAUAUCGCGAAAACAGAUUUCCGUACGAUUUUUACGACAUGGCUGUCGUCAUGACGCGAUUGGACAUGUGCAAUUUCUUUAACGGUCCCUACUGCAACCCACGUACUUUAGGUUAUGCAUAUGUUGCUGGCGCGUGUGAUAGAAACGCAACAAAACAAUCGUCCGAGGCAGUGGGAAUCGUCGAAGAUAAUGGUGGUUUUAGCGGUAUUAUUCCGACAGCUCACGAGAUUGGUCACUUGAUAGGAGCUCGUCAUGACGGUAACCCUAAAGGCGCUAGUGACUGUGAGCCGCGUGACGGCUUCAUAAUGACUGACAAACUGUUGACGCAUGAAAAUGGAUUCGAGUGGUCGCCAUGCAGUAUAAAUGCCUUCUACACGUUUAUUUAUGAGGACAGAGCCAAAUGUCUUUAUAAUAUGCCUAUAUUGGGAAAACCAAUAGCACGUGUUUUGCCCGGAAAAUUAUUGUCUUUAGACGAACAAUGUUACAAAGUCUUUGGAACACCAGCAUGUAAUAAUGAUACUACAGUCUGCAUUCGUCUGAAAUGUGAGUAUCCUGGAUAUUAUGAUUGUAAAGCAGUGGCUGCAGCAGCGGAAGGCUCACCUUGCGGAAAUAAUUUAAUUUGUUUAAACGGUAAAUGCGUUUUGGAAGGAGCACUGACUAAAGACCAAGGAAAGAAAUUGACAGAAAAGCAACGUAAACAUCUUCCGCAUUUCAAGGAACAAAAGAUCGAACUAAUUCCUUGGAUAAAACAAAGAUUAGGCCAAAGAACAGAUGUCGGUGAAUGCACGGACGUGGGGUCAGAUUGCGCAGAGCUGAUUGACAGGCUGAGAACAUGGCUGUGCCAUCUACAAUCUGUGAAGAGUCGCUGCUGCGCAUUCCUGAAGACGAUCUGUGUUGAUUAAUAAUAUUAAAAAAUAAAAAAGGCGAAAAAUCGGCUCGAUGAUUAGCUCGAUGACAUCGCGCUUACUAAACGCCCGUCGUGACGCCGUCCUGGUGAACAGAAUGAAACGGAGGGAACUCGAAGCCGAAUCGACGAUCGUCUAUUCUCUUUAUUUUUUUUACACGCUCUUCGUCAAAGUCCUCGAUGCUUUUGCGGUUUUUACGGUCGGGAUAAGCGCGACCAUAUUCGACUCUUCGAGUAGCUAUACGUAUAUUUCACUUUCUCUCCUAUUUUUUCUUUUCUCCUCCGCUCUCUUCCCUCUUCUUCCCUCCCUUCCUCUCUUUCCCUCUCUCUUUCUCAAUAUCUCUUCCUCUUUCUAUUCAUAUCCGCGCAGUCUGGGUAUCAUUCGUUUACAUUGUAGAUACAGUAUCACCGGGACUUUGCCACGGGUGUGCCGGAUGUAGUGAAUCUAAAAGCAGAGCGACCUGACUGUCAAUCGAUACGAUAUUCGACCGUGAAUAUAAUUUAUUCGAUAGAAAGCAGAUUUCGCUAAAGAUUCGCUUUACCCGAUGCAUGAGUGUUUGACGAGCGCGCGUACGCACUCGCACGAAAGAAGCCAUUCGAAAAUCAUGGAAAUUGUUUAACGCAAAACAAUAAAUGGGAAUACUUAAAA